AUGCCCGUUGCUCAUCCCACCAUGCCCGUUGCUCAUCCCACCAUGCCCGUUGCUCAUCCCACCAUGCCCGUUCAAAAUCCCACCAUGCCUGUACCUCAUCCCACCAUGCCCGUUCCUCAUCCCACCAUGCCCGUACCUCAUCCCACCAUGCCCAUUCCUCAUCCCACCACGCCCGUUGCUCAUCCCACUAUACCUGUUCCUCAUCCCACCAUGCCCGUUUCUCAUCCCACUGUGCCCGUUGCUCAUCCCACCAUGCCCGUACCUCAUCCCACCAUGCCCGUUCCUCAUCCCACCACCGCGCCUCGCAACUCACCGCGUCUCGCAUCUCACCGCGCCCCGCAUCUCACCGCGCCUCGCAACUCACCGCGCCUCGCAUCUCACCGCGCCUCGCAUCUCACCGCGCCUCGCAAGUCACCGCGCGUCGCAACUCACCGCGCGUCGCAACUCACCGCGCGUCACAACUCACCGCGCGUCGCAUCUCACCGCGCGACGCAUCUCACCGCGCGUCGCAUCUCACCGGGCGCCCACGUUUCCUCACUCGGGAAGCCCGUGCACACGCCCACGUUCCUCCUCCCCGCGCGCGCUCCUCUCGCCUCCCCGCGCGGCAUCCUCUCGCCACCCCGCGCGGUCUCCUCUCGCCUCCCGCGCGGCAUCCUCUCGCCGCCCCGCGCGCGCUUCUCUUGCCUCCCCACGCGGCCUCCUCUCACCAUCCCGCGCGUGCUCCUCUCGCCUCCCCUCGCGUGCUCCUCUCGCCUUUAUAGCGCGCGCUUCUCUUGCCUCCCCGCGCGGCCUCCUCUCACCUCCCCGCGCGUCCUCCUCUCGCCGCCCCACGCGUGCUUCUCUCACCUCCCCGCGCGUGCUCCUCUCGCCUCCCCGCGCGUGCUCCUCUCUCCUCACCUUGCGUGCUCCUCUCGCCUCCCCGCGCAUGCUCCUCUCUCCUCACCUUGCGUGCUCCUCUCGCCUCCCCGCGCGUGCUCCUCUCUCCUCACCUUGCGUGCUCCUCUCGCCUCCCCGCGCGUGCUCCUCUCUCCUCACCUUGCGUGCUCCUCUCGCCUCCCCGCGCGUGCUCCUCUCUCCUCACCUUGCGUGCUCCUCUCGCCUCCCCGCGCGUGCUCCUUUCUCCUCACCUUGCGUGCUCCUCUCGCCUCCCCGCGCGUGCUCCUCUCUCCUCACCUUGCGUGCUCCUCUCGCCUCCCCGCGCGUGCUCCUCUCUCCUCACCUUGCGUGCUCCUCUCGCCUCCCCGCGCAUGCUCCUCUCUCCUCACCUUGCGUGCUCCUCUCGCCUCCCCGCUCGUGCUCCUCUCUCCUCACCUUGCGUGCUCCACUCGCCUCCCCGCGCGUGCUCCUCUCUCCUCACCUUGCGUGCCCCUCUCGCCUCCCCGCGCGUGCUCCUCUCUCCUCACCUUGCGUGCACCCUUCCUCUCAUCCACCCUUCCUCUCAUCCGCCCUUCCUUUCAUCCUCCCUGCUGGAAUCUAAGGUCGUGCCCUGCUGAAGGGGACUAA